GCACGACUGACGCGCGACCGUUUUAGACCAACCGCUUUUCCAACCGCUUUCGUCGAACAUUUUACUGACUCUGACCGCUCUUCGGAGUUUUGUGCUUUUAUUGUUUGAUCGGGUGACACCGAGGCAAAGGUGAUACGAGCGUGGGCCGCAUGACAACCGGCAGCUGACAUCAUCCAACGCGGAAGCGUCAAAUUUGAAAUGUAACGAAUGACAAACUGGAAAGGAGUAGCUGACAAAUACGUUGUUUUGCAUACGCUUCAUGCACGCUGAUCUACCAGCAUCGUCGGGAUGAGCGCGACGCAGGACGAGGACGAGCGUAGGAAACGCUCGCUGGAGUCUGGCAGAGAAAUGUUGGAGAAGUAUAAAGCGAAACGAUCGAACCAAGGCAAGGAUGCAAACGUGGAGCAUAUGGAAAGUGCUCAGUCUGAUGAUGAAUCGCUGCAUAAUGAGAAGUCUAUACUACACAAAGAAUCUGGUAUAAUUGAGGGAAUCUGUUCGAGAGACAUAACACACAGCAGCGUUAGUAUAAGCGAGGGAGAGGCCGAUGCUGAUUUGGAGGGACUGGCUGGACGAGUCGCAGAACUAGAGGAAUUACUACAUGGGAAAGAAGCUAUCGUUGGGGCCUUAAAUGCAGAGAUUGAUCAUUUACGAGCGGAGACAUCCUCUCCAAACUCGUCGCAAAGUCAAAGCAGCAGUAUACAUGGAAGAGAUAUUAUAUCUUUGUAUCAUGUUAAAUUACAAGAGUUUGAAAAAGCAGUGAAUCAACGCGACAACCUGAUAGAGCAUUUGACAUCAUCCUUAGAACAGGCAUUAGCUGCCAGAGAUUCUGUAACAGUGCAACUUAAUGCCCUGAACUCUAUGCAAUUGGACAAUCCUGUAAUAAAUAAUGUGAAUUUGCAGCAAAAGAUUGAAGUUUUGGAAUCGACAAUAAGCGAACGGGAUGCGUUAAUCUGUCGAUUAAACGUCCAUUUGACUGAUAUGCGUAAGCAUAUGCAGACAUUAGAGAUGGAAAGAGAGACGCGAAACGCAGAAAUCAAUGAUUACAAGAUACAAAUAAAUAAUCUAAAUGAGCAAAUUCGCCUUGGCGCCGCAGAGAAGAACUUGAACAUCGACGAGACUUUGAAACAGCAGAAACAAUAUGAGGCACGCGUUGAUAAAAUCAAACAGGAUAUGCAACAUAUCUUAAACAAAUUUACCACUGUGACAAACGCGAAUGCAAUGCGCCAUCAGCAAGAAUUGAAAGAGUUAAUUUCCAAGAACGAGGCUGAAAUUACAAAUAUAAAAGCCAAAUAUGAAGAAUGCAUGAAAGUAUUAAAAGAGGAAAAUAAAAUGUUGGCCGAUCGUUUAAACAAAGAAUUGCCAGACUUGGAAAGUAGGCACGCCAAGGAACUUUCCGUCUUUCAAACGCAGUUAGCUCACUAUAAGAAAACUGUUGAAGCAUUAAAACUCGAACUAGUAAAUCACGCUGAAUCGCAGAAGAUCGCUCAGUCGGAAGUCCAUAUGUACAAAACGAAACUCGACGAAUUAAGAUUCGAAGCGGAAAACGAACGGCGCAUGCAAAGUCUGCAUUUCCAAAAAGAGAAAGAAUUGUUGAACGAGCAGAUCAGAUUGCAUAAAAUUCAAUUGGAAGAAAUAACAUCGAAGCAUAUUGCGACAAUGAGUAUUCUUGAAUCUAAGGAGAGUAUUGAGCGAUCACUAGAACAAGCUUUAUCGAAUGCCGCUGCGCUGAAACAGGAAAACAAUACAUUGAAAUUUAAACUGGACGAUUUGUCAUAUAGAUAUUCCACAGCACAAUCAAUAAUCGAAAACAGUCAAAUACAUGAUAGGACUCUGAGCGGUAAGCUAUGCGAAAUGGAGAGAUCCCUAUCACGAUUCGAUGCUACGAGUGUAAGCACGAUCAGCGAGCUAGGGGAAACUAUGUACAAGACUUUCGAUGAAGAUGUUGUCCAGCAUCAACUGACGAAGCGAAAACUCGAGGAGAAAACAGAGAUGGAAAAAUUGUUAACAGAGAAAAUUCGCGUUCUCGAGGCAAACUUGUCCAAAGCGAACAACGAAUUAGAACAAGCCGACAUUGCAAAGAAGACGUAUGAAAAGCAGAUGAAGGACAUGAAAAAUACAUGCGAUAAGCUGCAGCAAGAAGUUAAUUCGUUGAGAGAAUUCAAUCAUGCGACAUCUCGCGAUACUUCCAUUCAGGAAUGUCAAGAAGGCGUUCUGGCAAAUGUUGACAGCGAGUUGACUCGGCAAAUACAGGAUCAACAACGGGAAAUUGAAAGUUUGAAGCUAUUAGUGGAGCAGAAAGAAACGGAGAACGCGAGAGGUAAGAAAGAUUUGGUUGAAAUGAUGGAAAAAACGAAGAAAAUGGAAAUGCAUUGCGAGCAAUUGAAAAAUGGCUUGGCUCAUGCGUGGGCGCAGUGCACCGAGUUGGAAGAAAGAUUGAACCAGACCAUGAGCGAUAGUAGUAAAGUUAACAUUUCCCUAAACAGCACGAUAUCGUCCAAGCACCUUAAAGAGAAUCAAAGCUUGAACGAUAACACAAUAGAUGAAAAUGCAGCCAAUCAGAGGAAAGCUUUGGAGCCGAGUAUCUCUGAUACUAGCACAUUAAUGGAUAAUGGUUACCUGAAAAACAAUGAGAGUUUAUAUAAAGAAUUACAACAGAUUCUGAAGGGCGAGCCGAGCUUAGACGAAAUUAAGUUAAAAUUAUCUCGUUAUUAUGCAUUGUGUGAGAAGAUAGCCGCCGAUAAGACUCAAUCCUCGAUAGAAAAUCUCACUUUACAAAAACAGGACAGCAAGGACUCACUGCAAAGGUUGGAAAAUUUAUGGGCGGAGAAGGAGUUGCUUAGCCAAGAAAUCGAGGAUAUAAUGAAUCGACGUAAGGAAGAGCUAGAAUCUGUUAAAGCGGAUUCUGCCAAGGAAAUCAACAGACUGCGUUCAUUACUGCAGAAUUUGAAGGAUGGAAAUGCGAAUUUAAAUGAUCUGAGAACCGAACUCGAAGCACGACACGCGAAAGAGAUGGAAGAACUGAGGACUUAUUUCGAGCGAAAAUGUUUGCAGAUGGAAAAACAGUAUUCCGAAGAAGUUUUCAGCCAACAAUCGAAACGGAUUUCCGACAACGACAGCGAAACCGAAGAGUUGACGGACGAUUUGUAUUUUGGUGGUGCUGGAGAUUGUUUGAACAUAUCAAACUCCCGAGCAGCGACGCCUGGUGCUAUCGAGGAAUCCCUGAGGAGCAAAAUUCUGGAUGUUGAAAACCAAACACGUCUUGAGACAGAAUACGAGAGCAGCAUCCAAGUAUUGCGACAAGAAUUGGAAUACAAAAUUAAUGAAAUUCAAAUUAUCAAGACUGAUCACGAAAAAGCGAUUGAAGAGCUAAAGAAAAUGUACGAGUGUCAAAUUCGCGACAUCGAGGCGAAACUGGAACAUACAUUGAUCGCACCAACUGUACAUCAGUAUUGUCAGACAGAAUGGGAAGCAUUGGAGAAUGGUGAAUUGUUGAGUCUGCGUGAUACCUAUAAUCAUCAAUUGAAAGAGCAGAUCGAACUAGCUAGACUGGAUAUUGUCAACGCUCUUCAAGAAAAAAUUCAGGCACUAUUGUCGGUGGACGCAGACAAAGAAGAUAAUUGGCCGGCCGAGUUAUUAGAACUGCGAGAUAAAUUUACAUGCAACGCUAAGCAAGAAAUCCAAGAGUUGAAAAAAAUGCAUGGCGCCGAAUUAGCUCGUUUGAAAGAUGAGCACAGUUGCAUUGUAGCACAAAUGCUGGAACAACAUCAGAAGGAAAUUACCAUUUUUAAAGCAAGCACAGACAACAAGCAAGAAGUUAGUUGUGUCGGAGCGUCAGAAAAUAUCCUGAAAGAGAGAGACAAUCUAUGGAAAGUAUGUAUAACCCUCAAGAAUCUAAUUGGGGAAUUGGUUAGUUACUUUGCUGUCUGUGAGGAAGAAGUUAACAAUACGCUUAUCAAUGAGGUUUUGAAAAAGCAAUUGACGGAAUCCGUUUUUACUAAUGAAGAAAAUUUAAGACAGGAUGAUAACACUACUUUGCCUGAAAUACAGAAUUCAUCCAACCAACAAAUCAAGAGAGUUCAUUUUGCUCCACAAUCCAGUAAAAUAACUUCCAUCAUUAAUAGCGAUAACAAAACAUUGCAGAGUUUAAUUGAUGAAGACAUAGAUGAGAUAUUAAAAAAAGAGUUGAAAGCUUGUUUGAGACGCUUGAAGUCGGAUAGCACACAAAUCCUCAAUCUUUCCUUUUUUGAUGUUGAAGAGAAAACCGUAUCAUUAUCAAAUGAGAAUCUCUUAGCGAGCAAAAUCAAUGAAGAACUUACCUUGAAACUGAAUCAUGCUGAAACCUUAAUAAUGAAUUAUCAAGAAGAAGCGGAACAAUUAAAAUUGCACAUUUUGGAACUACAACGAAAACUGAUUAAUGCAGAAAAUAAAAAGGAAGUCAUUACAGAAGGAUAUGGUGAAAGCGAUCUUUCUAGGGGUGAUAUUGUGUUGCAAGAUUUUUCUCAAGUACAAGAAAAAGCUAGACACGUAUUAUCUAAUGGUGGCGGCGAUAUGUCUUAUUUGUUGCAAUUAAUAGAGGAACUAUGUAGACAAAAUGAUAAACUAAUAGACGACGCUAGAAAAGAGAGAGAAGAUUUACAACAACAGCAGGUACCUUUAGAACCUACUCCUACCCCAUACAUUCACAGGGUUUGCUGCAAAAAGAUUGAGGCAGCGGACAAGCAGUUACGGGCAACGCGUCGAUUUCUGGACGAGCAAGCCAGUGAGCGCGAGAUGGAGCGUGAUGAAGCCGCGAAACAAAUUCGCUUCUUGCAGGAACAGCUCAAGGAACGCGAACGCGAAAAAGAAAGAGAUAUGCGUAUUACUUCCGAGCAGUCUGAGCUAUCAUGCGAAACAACUUCAGACAUCCCUGAGCUUCAAACGACUGACAUCAAUGCAGCUGUGGAGGCUCUUGAAUCUCAGAUGAGAGAGAUGUCGUCAUUAAUGUCCGACACCGAGGCGAAAAAGUCAGAGAAGGAGAGCGAAUUGAAGGCUGCAGUGGAUAAAAUAUGGGUUUUGCGAGAGAUCAUUGCUGAUUUAGAACAACAACUGCAAACUAAGAUUAAACAAGAAGAAUCCCUACAAAUGCAAAUUAGUCAGUUGGAAACCGUAAUAACUGCGCAGACAAAAAAUCAACAAGAGCUAGUUCAGGAGUUGGAUGCUAUUAAAUCUGGUAGUGAGAAUAGACAUCUGAACGAGCAGAUUGGCCAUUUUAAGGAGGAAUUAAGUAGACAUAAAUUAAGUUCGGAGCACUUCAAUGUUAAUUCGUCUGUCUUGAAGCAGAUAAAAACGGAAUUGCACGAGAUGCAAAAUCAAUUAGAUAAGAGAAUUCGGGAGAUGGAAUCUGCGCACAUGUGCGGUUCCAAUCUAAGUUUAAGUCAGCCGAGCGAAGACGUUUCAAUCAGAGAACAAAUUGAUGCAACAAGAUGUCCGACCCCGGAUGAUCCAUCCUCACCGCCAAUGCUACCACUGGAUCAAGUGCUCAAGCUGAAGGACAAGAUGCUGAAGCACGCACGUGCGGAAGAAGUAGCCUUCAAGAGGAUCAAAGAUUUGGAGAUGCAGUUGACAAUGAUGAAAAAUCAAAACGAGGAAUUAUUAGCGGAACAGGAAAUCUUGCACCAGACAGCAUCCGAGCAAUUGUUCCAAAUCGAGGCGAUGCGUGGUCGCUUGGAACAGCACAAACAGAGCGCGCCAUUUGCUCAAAAACAAGCGACAUCUCGUUUAGAGUUACAAUUGCAUGAAGCUAUGGCGAAGUAUCAUUCUUUGGAACAAACUAUUACCGAUAAAGAAAUAGAGUUAAAAGAGCUGAAAGCCCAACUUGAUCGGGCUAAUCAAAUAUUGGCAGAGAAAGAAGCGGAGAUGGAAAAUUUUGUGCAAUCGGAAAAUGGCGCGCUGCAAAAAAUCGAACGAUUGAAAGAUCAGUUGAAGCUUGUUCAGGAGGAAAAGAAGAUACUGCAAAUGAAGCUUGGAACGCAGGAACAGGCUCAGCUAGAAUUACCGCAACUGAUUGACACUAUGCUGGCCGAUAAAAAUGAGGAAAUUGAUCAUUUGAAAGAACAACUCUCCAAAAAGGAGAAACAAUUGAAUGCUUUUUCGUCGCUUGCUUUGGACGACAUACAGCUGAAGGAAUUAAUGAAACAAGCAGAGACCAAGAAUAGCGCGCGAACAUUGAGCGAUAUUCUUUCUAUCCAUUCGGAGUGUGAAGAAUUCCCUGAAGCUAUCCGAGGACCUAACGCAACGCAUGCGACAUCACACAAUGUCUCUAGUUUCAAAAUUCCUACGUCUAUAUCAAAGAACACGAAUACGAAUACGAAUACGAAUAGUUUCAAUGCUUUGGAAACGCCUUUACUGGAUAUGGAUAAAGUAGACACUCAAGUACCACCGUUAGAUUUAGGUUCUCAUACACAUAGCUACAGUAACGGAAAUAUCCGUCAUUCGGAAGUAGAGUUGCAACGUUCUGGAGACGAGUCAAAAUUAUCAUCCCCCAAAAACAAUGAUGCGAUUAGCGAGGAUUCUCAACGAGUUGAGGAAUUACUCAAUGAGAAAACGAAAGAAAUCGAAAACUUGUCGAAUCAGUUGCAAGCUUUACAACAAGAGUUAGAUUUAAAAUCUAAUCUCUUGAAUAAGUAUGAGACCGAAUUGAUUACCUUGCAAAAACAAUAUCAAGAUUUGCAAGACGAGUUUAAGGAAACUAUCGAAAAUUUGGUGCGAGAUAAGAAUUUCUAUAGAGGUCAAUACGAGCUAGCUCAGGCAUCAGAAAGUAAGAUAAAGAAGGAUCUAGAAGAAGUAGAAAAUAUUCUCAAACUGAAGACGGACGAGCUCGAAGAUCAUAAGGACAAGAUACAGGUGAACGAAAGAAUCAUUACGGAAUUGAACGCGGAAAACACAAAACUAAAGAAAGAGAUCGAAAUUAGAGAGAAAGAUCAGAUGAAAAGAAGCAAUUCCUUGCUGCAGGAAACGACACAAGAACUUCAGAGAUUCAAGGAGCUUGUUUUAAAUAAAGAUAUCGCAUUGGAGACUCUUCAAACACGCAAUAUCGAGAUCGAGAACGAGAACAAGCAGCUGUAUGACUUCAAAACGAAGGUUCACGCACGCGAACGAGAAAUCGCCGAGUUGCAGGACGAAAUCCUACGAUUGACAGACGGUCUGAACAAUCGAGAUCAGGUUAUUCGUAAGUUGGAGGAGAUGGCAAGGCGGUCGAGCGAUAUUCAAUCAGGCACAUCGUCGCCAUCGUCCUCUAGCAAUAAAGACCAAGAAAUCCAUCACCUGCAAGAGUUCCUGAAGGAGAAAGAUAAAGUAAUCAGGCAGAUGAGCGAUGACAGCAAGAGUCUACAUCGAGCACUAGAAACUAUUCAAAACAAGAUGAAGGAAUCAGGUAAUGUCAUAGAGCUAAGAAAAAAAUUGAAGGAGGAGCGUAGACUGAAUGAGGAGCUGAGGGAUACAGUGCAGAGGCUACAGAAGGAUUUGGAGCUAAAAGAUGCUCCUAUGCGACGCUCGCAGGAUGAUAGUGACAUCGAGGACAUGGUCCAACGAGAAUUAAAUCUCUCCGCACGAUUGGAUAAGCAAAUUAUGCAGGUAAUUAAGGACGACGGUGAGGUUGUGGAUGGAGUAAUAACAGAGGAGAGAAUAAAUGCAGUGCGCAAAGACAACGAGAUGCUAAGAAGACUAAAGGAUGACUUGGAAGUCGAGCGAGACAUAAUGAGACAUCGGAUCGCCGAGUACGAAGAUCGUAUAUUGCAAUUAAAAACAGAUUUAACGGAGGAAACAAAGAAAGCGAUUAAAUUAGACAAGGAACUAACAGCAGAGAGGAAUGCGGUGAAGUUUUUCAGAGUACAGAUAGAGGAACAUCGACGGAUGGCAGAGAUGGGACGAGUUCAAGAUACUGAAUUGAUCGAGUUCCUACAGACAAAACUAAAAGCCUCUCUGGAAAACGAGGAGAAGCUUCGUAAUGAUUUAGCAUCGAUGAGGCAACAACAAAUUAACCUGGACUCGCAAUUAACGUCUAUGAGGCAACUGAUAGAAAUUGAAAAUACCAAUAGAAAUUUGCCCAAUUUUGCUACAACAGCACAGAAUGAAUCCGAAAAAACGAACAAAAAUCUUGAAGAAAGUCGCGAACAUAACGCGGAACUGCAAGAAAAUAUAAGAAGAUUAGAGAACGAAAUGAGCAAAUACGAGAAACAGUUGGAGAUUGCGACAGAAGAACGGGAAAGAUUAAUCAGCAGCUUGGCAUUAUCUAAUGGUUUGAAAGAAAUCUUGGAAGUGAAUUUGCGGAGAACUACAGAAGAGUUAAAAGUGCAAGAAGAGGAUUGCAAUUAUCUACAAAAGCAGCUGAAAAUGUUGACCGAAGUCGAAAACAAAAAGCAAGACAAACGAGACGUCGAGUCGGCUGAAAUUAAAGAAUUGCGUAAGGAGAUCAAUAUCGCCAGAGAAGUCAGGCUAAAGCUAGAAAGUGACAUAAAUCGCGCGAAACAAGAAUUGAAGGAAUCCUCGAAUCGGGAGCUGGAACUUAUACGCGCAGUGGAGUUCUUGAAAGAACAGGAGACCGAGCUCAAUACUAGACUAGCGAUCUCAAAAGAAAAAGAGAAGAGACUCAGUGAUUUAAUUGAAAAUGCCAAGGAUGUCCCUGCAAAUUUCAUGCAGAAAAUUAAGGAACUAAAUGAAACAGUUAUAAAAAACGCUGCUGAAAAGAAUAAUCUUGAAGAAAAACUCAAUAAGAUGAAAGUAGAUAGAGAAUUAUUAACGCAACGCGUGAAAUUACUUGAGGGACAGUUGAAAAAACAGAAAACCACACAGGCUUCAAACCAACAGACAGUUCCUAUCGAAAGGUUACAAAACUUUUAUGGCAAGUAUCUACGAGUAGAAAGCAGACGAAAAGCAUUGGCGUAUCAGAAGAAGUAUUUGCUAUGCGUCGUCGGCAGUUAUCAGUAUUGCGAAGAAAAUACUCUGUGCGUGCUCGCACAAUUAACUCAAGAUCAAUUAUCUUACACACGAUUGCGUCGCAAUAGGAAAGUGCGUUUCAGAAUUGCUGUAUUUGUAAUAGUCAGUAUACACAGGAUGAAAUGGUUGAUUCAACGCUGGCGAACGGGGAAACGCGUGGGCGCUAACGCUAUCAUGGGCGGUACGGAUCAAUUAAUCGAUUUGCCACCUGUCCGGAAAAUAGCAUCGAAUCAUUCUCCACCCGUGAGAGAAAGAGCGACAAAGUAAGUAAAACAAUUAUCAAAUACAUCAUUUU